UAGUUUUUGGCCCGGGUAACCGAGAGGUGGUCGCCAUCUUGCGUACGGAGGUGCCGUUUGUUUCCGCGCUGGGGUUUUAGUCCUUCCAGACCUCGGCUUUAGGGCUGUGUCUCCGCUUUUCUUUCACCUUCACAGAGGUUCGUGGCUUCCUAGAAGAAGGUUUUAUUGGGAGGUAAAGGUCAAUGCGUAGGGGUAGAGUAAGAUGUCUUAUGGUGAAAUUGAAGGUAAAUUCUUGGGACCUAGAGAAGAAGUAACGAGUGAACCACGCUAUAAAAAAUUGAAGUCAACUACAGAGGCAUAUGUUUUUCACAAUCAUAGUAAUGCCGAUUUUCACAGAAUCCAAGAGAAAACUGGAAAUGAUUGGGUCCCUGUGACCAUCAUUGAUGUCAGAGGACAAAGUUAUUUGCAGGAGAACAAAACUGAAACUACAGAUUUGCAUAGACCUUUACAUGAUGAGAUGCCUGGUAAUAGACCAGAUGUUAUUGAAUCCAUUGAUUCACAGGUUUUACAGGAAGUACGUCCUCCAUUAGUAUCCACAGACGAUGAGAUAUAUAGCACAAGUAAAGCAUUUAUAGGACCCAUUUACAAACCCCCUGAGAAAAAGAAACGUAAUGAAGGGAGGAAUGAGGCAGACGCUCUAAAUGGUAUAAAUGGCAGAGGAGGACAAAAAGAGAAACAGAAAUUUAACUCUGAAAAAUCAGAGAUAGACAGUGAAUUAUUCCAGUUUUACAAAGAAAUUGAAGAGCUUGAAAAGGAAAAAGAUGAUUUUGAGAACAGUUGUAAAGAAUCUGAACCUUCUCAGGAACAGCUGAUUCCAUUUUAUCAGGACCAUGAUAAUGGUCUCUUAAAACCUGACGAAGAAAAGAAAGAUCUUAGUAAUAAUGUUUUUCCAUCACAUUGUGAUUAUCAACAGAACUUGGGGAAUGAGACAGGCAAAUAUCCCUGUAAUGGACAAAUAAUACCUACAUUUUGUGACACUUCAUUUACUUCUUUCAGGCCUGAAUGGCAGGCAGUGCAUCCUUUUAUAGUGCCCCAUGGUCCUCCUCUUCCCAGUUUGAACUAUCAUUUAAAUAUUCAAAGAUUCAGUACUCCACGAAAUCUACCAUCACAUAUUUUCCAAGCGCAAGAUGACUCUCAGAUACAAAAUGGAUAUUAUGUAAAUAAUUGUCAUGUUAACUGGAAUUGUAUGACUUUUGAUCAGAACAAUGAAUAUGCUGAUUGUAGUGAGAAUAGAAGUAGUGUUCAUCCCUCUGGAAAUGGCUGCAGUAUGCAAAAUGAAUAUGUGAGUAAUGGUUUCUGUGAAGUCAGAGAAAGAUGCUGGAAAGAUCCUGGCAUGGACAUGCAUAAUGGAACAGACAGGUUUGUGAACCAGCAGUUUCAAGAGGAAAAGUUAAAUAAAUUGCAGAAGUUACUUAUUCUUUUAAGAGGUCUGCCUGGUUCUGGGAAAACAACGUUGUCUCGAAUUCUGCUUGGUCAGAAUCGUGAUGGCAUUGUGUUCAGCACUGAUGACUAUUUUCACCAUCAAGAUGGGUACAGGUAUAAUGUUAAUCAACUUGGUGAUGCCCAUGACUGGAACCAGAACAGAGCAAAACAAGCUAUCGAUCAGGGAAGAUCUCCAGUUAUAAUAGAUAACACUAAUAUACAAGCUUGGGAAAUGAAGCCAUAUGUGGAAGUGGCCAUAGGAAAAGGAUACAGAGUAGAGUUUCAUGAACCUGAAACUUGGUGGAAAUUUGAUCCUGAAGAAUUAGAAAAGAGGAAUAAACAUGGUGUGUCUCGAAAGAAGAUUGCUCAGAUGUUGGAUCGUUAUGAAUAUCAAAUGUCCAUUUCUAUUGUAAUGAAUUCAGUGGAACCAUCACACACAAGCACACACAGACCUCCUCCCCCUGCACAGGGGAGACAGAGGUGGGGAGGCUCUCUUGACUCACAUAGUCAUGUCUGUGUCACAAAUAAGAAUUAAAUUAGCUAUUUUCAGCUAACACAUUUGUUGUUGCACUUGAAAGAGUUAGUGAGCCUGUCUUGGAGUUUAAAUAGUUUCAAAUAAAAAAAGGCUACAUUGCCUCACAAAGGAUUUUCCCAGCAAGUUGUUUAAUUUCCCAGCAAAUUGUUAAAGUGUAAAUAAAAAUUAAAUGAAAUUGUAUUUUAAAUGUUUUUAUAUUCUCUUGUUGUAAUGAUUUUGACUGUUAUGAAAACACCUGAGUAGUAGAGUGGUGGGUAGGAGCUAGGAUGUUUUUCUACAAUCGAAUUUUAAACUAACUUUAUCUAUUUUAUAGAUACUAUUGAACAGUUUUUUAAUAGUUUGUACCUAACUCUAACUUUUCAUAAAACUUUAGUGUUUUUCCUUCACUACCUUAAAUAUGCAAGAAAUACUAACUUGUUAUAGGGCACCUUAACUGUUUUCUCUAUUCAUUAGGUAAAAUUAUAUUUCAGCUGAUUGAUCUGUGUGACAGAAUUAUUACUUAGCUAUAAUCAGCACAUCACUUACUUCAAACAAAAUUUCCCCAGCAAUAGUAGUAGGUAUAUCAAUCACCUGGGGAGUUUUCUUAGUAAUAUACAUAUUCAUCUUGUAAAGCAUAUGUAGUCAUCAUCCUCCUUCUCAACCCAUCUUCCUAACCCCACAUGCUUGCCAGUUCUUGAAGGGAUAAAGUGAUUCUAAUAAUGUUUGAUUUCUCUCUGUUCAAUUUAAUGUGAUAUAAUUCUAGUAUAAAAAUAUUUUAGACAGUUGUUUAACAAUUGGUCCUCAGUGGAUUUGUACUGUCGAAUAUCUUCUAGUACUAAUUUUUCUGUAGAGCAAACCAUAUUUCUCUCACUGGAUAGCUUUCUUUAUUAGAUAUGUUUCUUCACUUAAGAUUAAAAACUGAGAUGGAAUUCA